UUCCGCAGCAAUUGUCGGGCCCGGGCCAUUGUGAAUAGGGAUACCAAUAAAAUUCGGAUGAGGAACGAAGGCCAUAAUCACAGUCGCAAAGAUGUGAUAACUUGAAGUUUGCGCAGUAUGUGCGUUCCAAUCGAGGAACCGAUCUCGUUUACCACAAAGGGAAUACCUACACGCCCAACGAGAAGUUGAGAGAGGGGCAAAAGAGUCGGGACUGGAAGUGCUCCAUGUAUCACAAGGCAAAGUGUCGUGCCCGCCUGGUAACACGAAUCACCAGUUUCGGGGAUUUAAUCCACGUGACUAGCAACCUGCACACGCAUCCCACAAUGUACACCACGCAGAAAAUGGUACCUCGCGUGGACGGCCAGAAGCUCUGCCUUGAGAGGAAUCCACUCUGCGUUAACACACGAUCGAUUAAAAUAGACAGCAAAAAUCCUUUUGACAUGGAAGCAAUUGCCAAUAGAGUCGAUAUAUAAGGCGGACGGUAAACUGAUGGACAUCAUCCCCAACAUUAAGGUCAUCCAGGGUCAACGAAAAUCCGU